CUCUCUGAUACGGAGGUUCGAAUUAUUUGCACGUGUUGCGUGUUUACGCUUGUGUAUUUUACAUGUUGGCAUGUAAUUUUAUUAUAUUUAAGUAUUAAAUAUAAAGCACAUCACAAUGGUUGUAAUAGGUAAAAAGAAGUAUCAGAGUGGCGAGGGAGCGCAAUUUAUGACGAGGAGAGCUGCCCUCAGGAAACUACAAUUGACGCUAAACGAUUUCCGCAAGUUAUGUAUAUUGAAAGGUAUAUACCCAAGGGAGCCACGCAACCGUAAAAGAGCACAGAAGGGUGAGCCUGGCAUUAAAACUUUGUAUCACAAGAAGGAUAUUCAGUUUUUGAUGCACGAACCAAUCAUAUGGAAAUUAAGAGAGUACAAGAUAUUUAACAGAAAAAUUGGACGUGCGAAGGCAAUGAGAGAUUUUGCCCAAGUAAAGAGAUAUUUGAGUAACCAUCCUACAUUAAAGAUAGAUCAUAUAGUCAAGGAGCGCUAUCCAACUUUCAUAGAUGCGUUACGCGACUUGGACGAUUGUUUGACUCUCUGCUUUUUAUUCAGCACAUUUCCGUCAUUGGCUCAUAUACCGAGAGAUCAGUCGUUGUUGUGUAGGCGAUUAACGAUGGAAUUCCUUCAUGCCGUUAUUGCUGCCAAAGCAUUGCGUAAAGUGUUCAUAUCCAUCAAAGGCUACUACUACCAGGCAGAGAUAAAAGGGCAAACGAUAACGUGGAUAGUGCCGCAUCACUUUUGUUUCGAGCCUCAAGCAAAGAACGAAGUUGAUUUUAAGAUCAUGUCUACGUUUGUAGAAUUUUACAUUGUGAUGCUUGGUUUUGUGAAUUACAGACUGUAUCAUACUCUGAAUUUGCAUUAUCCUCCCAAAUUGACAAAUCCUGGAAAUGUUGAACAAACACUGGUUGAUGAAGAAGCAUACGUCUCGGAGAGAAUAAAUGCAUUAAAUGUUCCAUUAAUCAAUUUAGAUUCUUCAGUACCAGCGGCUGAAGAUGACGAUAUUGAAAUAGAUCAAUUUUCAAAUGAGACAGACGCUGCCAAGGUCGAAGCUGCUAAGGCAGAAGCUGAAAAAAUACGGAAACUGAGAAAUUUAUUUAAAGGCAUAAAAGUUUUUAUUAAUAGAGAGGUUCCCAGGGAGCCAUUAGUAUUUAUUUUACGUUGCUUUGGCGGAGAAGUGUCUUGGGAUAAGUUACUCUUUGUCGGAGCCACUUUCGAUGAGAAUGAUGAAACGAUAACUCACCAGAUUGUAGAUAGACCAAGCAUGAAUAAACAAUAUAUAUCGAGAUAUUACGUUCAGCCACAAUGGGUGUUCGACAGUGUGAACGCCAGGGAAUUAUUGCCUGUAGAUAAAUACUUAAUGGGUGCUAUACUUCCACCUCAUCUCUCACCAUUUACAGAAGGUCGGCAAGAUCAAACGUACAUUCCUCCAGAGGAGCGUGCUCUCAUGGACCCUGAUUAUAAAUUAAACAAUCUGGAACCAGAGUCAGACGAAGAAGAGGAGGAGGAUGUUGAUGACAAGAACGAGAAUGAAGAAGAGAAAAUUGAAGCUGAGAACGAUUUGAGUUCAGGAAGCGAUGAGGAAAUGGAAGACGAGGAAGAGGACAACGAUAAUGAUGUAGAGAUUACUGAGGAUAAAGAGAAGGAGAAAAUGAAGAAACAAGCUCAAUUACAAGAGAAAAAGAAGAUGAAGGUACAGACUGGUGAGAUCACGAAGGAAAUUCCAUGGGAGAAAGCCCGAUUGGAGAAGCAGGAGUACCGUCUCAGAGAGAAGAUGAUUAAGAAGAAGCAUCGCAAAUUGUACAAGAGUAUGAUGAAAGGUAGAGAAGACAGAGCUAAACAAAUCUGGCUCUUGCGAAAGAAGAGGCGUAUCCACGAUGCUAAGGAGAAAGAGAAGCGAAAAGAGCAAAGGAAAGCAAACAGGGAUAAAUUUAUCAAAUAAAAUAACGAUAGAUUACUUAAAUACAAAAUAAAAUAAAUUCUUUAUGUAUCCCAAUUCCUACUUGAUAAUAAAUAUAAGAAGGAAGAAUAAAAUAAGAAAUGUUAUAAAAUGUAUAUUUCAUCCAUAAUAUGCUACGAUUAUCAUGUAGCAGCUGCGAGAUUACAUUAAAUUUUUUCAUU